AUGGCGUCUCGCCUGAGUAAUGAUGAACUGCCACAAAUGCACGAUAAGACCGCCAGCAGACAGAGAGAAAGUUCGUCUUCACAGAAAACCUCUCUUUCUGUCCUAUGUAUUUUGUUUGUGGAGCUUUGUGAACGUCUAACAUUUUACGGUUUAACAGCAAAUCUAGUGUUUUACUGUAGAGAUGUUCUCAAGCUUUCUUCACCGUUCCCAAGCACAAUUGCGUUAGCAUUUCAAGGUAAGAUAUCUCCUCAGAAUCUUAAAACAAAAGAGCACUUUUCGAUGGAGUGCGAUGAACCAAAACCAAAGUAACAACACAAAGCCUAAUUACAGAAAGAAAGCCAGUCAAAACAAGGACGAUUGUCACGCCCUGAAAAGCGUGUAAACAUAGGUUUUAGUUUUGCUUCUACGGUAUAAGAAGAUGGUGACACUGUUCUACCAAUUGGAGUGCGUAAUGAAAUAAAACAGUGGUAGAAAACUAUGUAAAAUUUUGUCAUCCAUAUUAUAUUUUGUGCUACUCUUAAAAGCAAAACCUUGUAGCUCUUGAGGCAAAAAAAAAAAAAUGAGACCUAAUGAUUUCUCAUGGUUACAAGUCUUAUUCAAGAAGAUGAACGCCUUGAAGCCAUAUCUUGCAAGUUCUUUCGCAAGAAAGAUGACCUUCCCCUGUUCCCGUUCUUUCGAAGUUGCUGGGCAAUUCAGAGGGAAAGCUGCUUUCCCUGAAAGGCGCGCUUUAUAUUAUAGGCAUGCUUUCUAAGUAUGCAUCUAUUCUCAUUCGUUAGAAUUCUUAACUUUUAUAGUGUUGUUAAACGAAUUCCCAAGCCUACCCAAGCUAGAUUUUCGCCACUAUCACUGCCAGUCUUUGUGGGAUGGGGUGGGGCCCUUUUCCAGAACGGCAGCGGGUCAUCGACCUUACGGUUCAAACAAUUCCUAAGUAGUUUGCAGAGCUUCUCAUAAUUUUCCCUUGUUCCCAGGGGAAAACCUGUGCUUCUUUGAAAGCCUUGGGAAACCCUUGGUACGUAUCAUAUCCUCGACUUUCUUCUGACAUGGCUUACGUGCUCUUAAUGGUGUUAAAAGUUUAAGAGACGCAGAGAGAAUUUCAGACAAAAAAGGACAUAGCGUUAUUUUUCUCUGGCCAUUUUGGUGAAAGACAUACUUAUUUACUUAUACAGAGGUUAUUUUCUUCCCACCAGGAACAUGCUUCUUCACUCCUGUCAUUGGCGGUUGGCUGGCUGACACCGUAACUGGGAGAUACAACGCUAUAUAUGGAAGCUCCUUACUCUACAUAGUCGGCACCGUCCUUCUUACAGCCACCUCUUAUAACUACCCAAGGGCUUAUGCUUUGAGUAUUCCAAGUAAGGGUGCAUUCCUAACUGUCUCGCUCAUCUUAAUUGCCAUAGGAACUGGAGGAAUCAAGGCUAACGUUUCCCCGCUGGGAGCAGACCAAGUCAAACACGAAGGAAAAGAAAAGAUCCAGAAAUUUUUUGACUGGUUUUACUGGUUUAUACAAGUUGGAUCCCUGAUCGCUUUCACGGCCGUUGUGUAUGUCCAACAGGAAGUGUCUUUUUUCUACGGCUACUUAAUAACUGCCUUGUCCAUGAUUUUAGCAACCUUGUUGUUGUUGUUAGGAAGAAACCACUACAUAGUUCAUCCACCAAAAGGAAGCUACCUGACCGACUCCCUACGAAUUAUUGGCGUUGGUAUCAAAAACAAACUCCGCUGCAAGAGUUAUUUUACUCAAACUCACUGGCUCGAUGGAGCUAAGGAUGUUAUGGGAGGAGAAUUUUCAGAGGAAAUGGUGGAAGCUGUCAAAUCAGUGGUUCGUCUGCUUCCAAUAUUCUUCACAUUUAUCUUCUACUGGACAAUAUUCGGCCAGGUUAGAAAAUGAACAACAAUUUUAAUAUAGAGCCUGCAUAAGUGACUGAAGAGGCCUCAAGAGGCAUCCUCACUUGAAACGCGAGGACUAUAAGAGUACCCAUCUAACCCGUAAGCUUCGUUUCACCUCAGUCACUAGUCAAUGAUUCAUUUAAAAUGCGACAGAAUCCCGAGCAAGUAAACACUUUAUCCAUUUACUUUAGCACGGUAGACAGAAAGAUGCGCCAUUCAAAAUAAACUUUUAUUUAGUUCUUAAACGUUUCAGGGUACAUCAUGGUGAAUAUUUGUUUAAGACAAUGGUAACGAUAAAAGAUUCCUUCGAUUCAAGAAAACCCGAAAAUUGCAUUUUUUCGUCUCUUAAGACAUGUUGCAAAGAGUAAAAAUUGCUCGCUCAUGAUCGGUCGUGGAAAACCCACAGAUAGCAUCGCUGCCGUUUUGAAACUCAUAGAAAUUAUUGUUUUAUUGUGUUCUUUUUGUUGGUUGGUUGGUCGUUUGUAUUUUGCUUAUUCUUCAUCGUCCUUUUUUCUUUAUCUCAGUUUUUCAAAUGUUCUGUUUUAUCAAGAUUUCAAAGAGUCACUCAUUUUAAGUUGGUGUGAAUUUUUUCAUUUUCUUUCAGGGCCUUACCACGUACCUAUUGCAAGGCUCUUACAUGAAAUUGAAAAUCACCGAUAAGUUCUCAUUUCCUGCAGCUUCACUGGCCAUAUUUGAAAAUGCGUCUUUGUUAGUUUUGAUUCCAUUUAUUGAUCGAGUUGUCUACCCAGGCCUCCGUCAUUUUGGCUUCAACUUCACUCCUCUACGCAGAAUCGGCGUUGGAUUGAUUUUUGCUGCUGGUUCUGUGGCCUUGGCAGGAAUCAUCGAAAUUGAACGAAAAAAAGAUUAUGGAAGGGUCCAGCAAAAUGUUUUCAAUACAACCAUAAAUGCAUCAACUAUGAGUGUGUUUUAUCAAGUGCCACAGUAUAUACUCCAAGGAGCAAGUGAAGCUUUGGUGUCCGUAACAGGUAAAUAGCAAAAUGCUGCUCUUGUGAGGACGAAACUAUCGGGAAAUAUAUACUCCUACCACUCCCCUUCCAGUUAAUUUAGUUGAUGAGCGCGUGGUAUUGCAACGAUGCAUGACGCCAAAAAAAGGAAGGGAUUUUUACUCAGAGGGGCUUUCGAGUAUAUAUCACAAAGGUUUCUAGCCCAAAACUCUUUCUUAAGUCAAGGUUGAGGUUCCAUAUGCAUGAUGUUGCAAGCAGAGCUAUGCCUUUAAAGUCCAUAUUUAGAUUAGUCGUCGGGCUCGUGAUCCCACUUACUCGGUAGCUGUUGAGGGUAUAGCUAAAAUUUCAAAUACUUUUUUUUUAAUGCUUAACUGGUAGAUAUUUUUUAACUUCCAUCCUUUUCUGGUUUGGUGUCCCCUGAGCAGGUGAUAAUUCUGAGACACAUUUACGUUUAAGAAAGUUUGUGCUUGGUGAUAGUGCCUCGUGGGAUGAAAAUUUGUAACCUAUGGUGAAUAUACCACAAACUUAUAUAUCUCUUUCUACCUAGGUCUUGAAUUUGCCUAUUCCCAGUCUCCACCCGAGUUGCGUGGCGUGGUAAUGGGUGUGUGCUUGGCUAUGAUUGGUCUGGGUUACUUUGUAGCGAGCUUGCUGGCGUCGAUUGUCAAACACGUUUCACGUAGCGAGUGGUAUCCGGAUAACCUCAAUAAGGGCACACUCGAGUACUACAUGUUCCUAUUGUCUGGGCUUAUGUUAGUUAACUUGGCUGUGUUCCUGUUCUUAGCAGUGAGGUAUCGCUAUGUGGUUUGUGAUCAAGACAACCCUGAAGAUGAUGAGCACGUUGAGAGAAAAAAGAGCUCUUCAAGCUUUUCGAAUAUUUCCCAAAACGAUCUUGAUAACCGUUAAUGAACGAGAAAUAUCAUUAAUUUUAAGUCUUGGUUCAUUUAAUCAAGCUUCUUUAUCGUCUCAAAUACAUUUACCACAAGAAGUUGCGCUGACUAUGCACCUAAUAUUUUUAGUUAUUUACAUUGUUAAUCACUUGUUAAUCCUGUUAAUCACGAUUGUAAUUGGUUUUUAAAAAAAUCCUAUUUUUCACUAAUUCGUUGGCCAAGUUGUUAUGGGACAGUUUGUUAUCGAACACUUCAAUACGCCAAUCACAUAGACAGUUAUAGUUUAAAUCAACCAAUCGCAACCUUAGUUUUAAUCACCAUAGAUACAGUGUACAGACUCCUUAAUUGAGACUUUCCUCUUUUCUCGGAAAUUGUAAUUUUUAUGAUUCAUUGGUAUUAAGACUUCGUGUCAUCCAAUUCGGUCGUAAUCGUUAAUCAAGUCUUAUUUUGCGAGUGUUGUGUUAGUUGUUGAGAUCUUACAUGGUGCGACUGAAAGCAGGGAAUAUUUUAAGAAAGAUAAGUUAAGUAUUGUUUAACUGUGACGACUGGGUUUCAUCGACAAAAAAACCAUGUCACUCUCUUUAGUGGCGUUACAUCGAAUUGGCCGGCACUUGAUGACGUCUUCACGUCACAGUCUGUGUUCCGUGGCGAUGAAUGAUUAAUCUUGUGCCUGUGCGAUCUUGCGUGUUAAUGUCUACCUAUUUUGCCAUAUCAAUCAGCGAGGAACUUAAUUUCGUGGCAUCCAAGUGAAUUUACGAUAAUUUCGCAGUCUUAUACUGAUAAUUUUCGGCCUAAAAGGUAAGAAUCAUUCCUUGUGUAGUAGUUUUACGUCUUGCUGUGUGAGAACUUCACUUCCGCUUUUUGCCGAGAGUCGCAUAAAAUUUGCUUGUUGCAGUCGUUUCUUAACUCCAAAGUCAUUUCUGUUUUUCAAUCUUUGCAAUUCCUGAAACGUAAACUGCAAGAAACGUAGCAUAAAUCCAGUUUCCUCGACUGGAUAAGAGUUCAUUCUCUUUAGGAGCCCUUUCUGUUACCAGCGAAAGAGAAACAUGCCACGUGAAUUCUACUCACAUCGUUUGUUUAUAAAGUACGGAAGAACAGGUUUCUAGUGAUGUUUCGUUAGCUUACGAUCGAUAAAUUUGAAGUAAGCUGUCUCGUUGUGAUGCUGGCUCAUUUCUUUGCCACCUUUGCAAGGUUUCAGUUUCGACAGCUAGCUUUAUCUUUCAGAGGAUUAUAUGACAGUCUUCUUCGUUUUAUAUUAAGCCAAUGGUCAAAGGAGUAGGUAAACAGACACUUAAAAAUGUCUCAGAAAUGAAUCCGCGCUUGUGGCAAGAUAAAUAUUUCUUUUAUCUCAUAACCGGGCUAAAAAUUUACUUUCUUCCGUAGCCUAUUGACACUUAUCACUAGGUUCUUAAUAUCUUUAUCUUAAGUUUUCUACAGUUUGUCGCUUGUCGCAUGAGGUACUCAUUCAGUGAUAUCUAAAAGGUCAUGCAUAAAUAUGUAACAAUAUGAAUACCUAGUGUGAGCCCUUGUGUGACCCGUUAUUUUUAUCUGAGUGCCAAAAGGCUUAUGAGUGUGUUGACGCAGAUUCUAUAAAGUUACUUGGCUGUAAUCAUGACCUGACUUUAUCAAUGUACAGUUAAAGAAAUAUUAAGAGAG